CAUCCAUUAAUUAACUAAUAACGUAUUAAUUAUAUUAAAUAGUACCUGUAGUUAUGCAAAAACAAAAAAAGGAGAAUCUAUUUACUAUAAGCAGCACGUGUUGCCAUUCAAUUCUUUUUUUAUAAAGUAAUUUAAACAACUUCACUUAACCAUUGUUCUUCUGUAGGAGAUGGUUUGGUGAGCGAAACAAAUAGCACGUCUUAAACUGGAGAUCUUUACGCCUUUACAGCAACGAACGGGUGUUGUUGUGUCACUUAGUAGUCGCAACGUUAACAGUAAUAAUAAUCGAGCAAAUCAAGGGGGCGCAGGUAGUGGCGGAGCAAUCGAUAGCCUUAAUUAUUAUCAGCGAAAUAACUCACCUUUAAUGGCGGACCUACCCAGUGCCGGAGUUAUUUCAACUCUAGCCUCGAAUGAUUAUUUGCAUCGCACCACCAUAGAUCAAUUGCGUUCCAUGAAUGAACGCAGUGUUCUGUCAUCGCUUAGUCAUUUGACUACAGCCGAUCUGCGUACGGCUCAACUGGUGCAUGAAUACAAUAAACCGUUUAAUAUAAAUGAAUUUCGGCAGAAUGUUGAACGGUUGGAUUAUUCGUUGAAAAAUGGCUUAGUUGGUGUCAAUCUGCAUCAGCAGCAGCAGCAGCAGCAACAGCUACUUGCUGAGCAACAACAGCAGCAGCAGCAACAGCAACAACAACAACAGCAGCAGCAGCAGCAACAACAGCAGCAUGAUCAACAUCAUCAACAGACGCAGCAACAGCAACAGCAAUUAAAACAAUCCUACAGUCCACCAAAUUCACCGACAACGCCCACAAUGAACGAGCCUGUCGAACAAAAGUACGAUCCCACAAGCGAACAACAACAGCACCAUCAUCAGAAGUCGCAUCGGUCCAAUCACCAGCAUCAGAAUUCACCGGAUGGACAAAAUGCAAAACCAUAUAAAUGCACGCAGUGCUCGAAAACAUUUGCCAACUCCUCGUACCUUUCGCAACACACGCGUAUCCAUUUAGGCAUUAAACCGUACCGUUGCGAGAUAUGUCAACGUAAAUUUACCCAAUUGUCACACUUGCAGCAGCAUAUACGCACCCAUACGGGCGAUAAACCGUAUAAAUGCCGCCAUGCGGGUUGCCCUAAAGCUUUCUCCCAACUCUCCAAUCUACAGUCGCACUCGCGUUGCCAUCAAACUGACAAGCCGUUCAAAUGCAAUUCUUGUUACAAAUGCUUCACGGAUGAGCUAACUCUACUCGAGCAUAUACCGCGGCACAAGGACUCCAAGCAUCUGAAAACACACAUUUGUAAUCUGUGCGGUAAAUCGUAUACCCAGGAAACGUAUCUGCAAAAACAUUUGCAAAAGCACGCCGAAAAGGCCGAAAAGCAACAGCAACGCCAUGCGAACUCCAGUGUACAACAUCAUGUGCCUGCCGGUGGUAUUGGCUUAAGUUUGCAACGUCAAGUGGUGAUGAAUGCGGCGGCGGCCGCUAGUGAUGCCAAUGCCGCCUAUUGGGCGAAAGUGGGAAGCGAUGGCGCUGCUGCCACUCUAGCUGAAGCCAUACAGCAGCAGCAGGCCCAGCAGCAGCAACAACAGGCACAAAAUGGCUACAGUUUCGCUACGCUACAACAGCAGCAUCAACAGCAACAAGAAUUAUUGCAGCAACAUCAUCAACGUUUAGUGAACGGAGCGAGUAAUGGCGGUGGGGGUGGUGAUAGUGCGGGCAGCGGCAGUACUCCAAAUCAUUCGCAAAGUCCCAACGACGAAGGUGAAGAUCUGGUAAUACGUCAAACAUCCCAACAUCAUCAUCAACAACAACACCAACAACAACAGAAUUCGCCUAAUUCGAUGGUAGGAGUUAAUAGUUCGGCGUACGAUGUGAAAACCACUUCAGCCUUUACACCCAUCAAUACGGCGCCACCUCAUCUACAAGCGGCCGCUUUAGCUCAGCAAAGACCACCUGCGGCAGCGUAUUUAUAUCAACAGAACGCAGCGGCCGCCGCCGGUUUUCCCACACAACUCAUAUCGUUGCAUCAAAUACGUAAUUACGCGCAUCAACCGGGUGCCGCUGCAGCAGCUGGCCUGCUGGCUAGUGAUCAUUUACUAGGGCUUAGUGUUACAGCUGGCGGGGUCGGUCUCAAAGAUAAAACUCAAUAGUAUAACACAAAAAAGCACAAAACUCAAUAUUUAACUUCCGCAACAAAAGCAACGCCAACAACAAGAACAACACAUCAAUCGCAACUGCAACAAUCGCAGCGAAUGUCCUUAACAAGCACCAGCUGAGCCUGACCCGACUAUGAUUAUGAGAUAAUAAAGAUACCUACACCUAAAUACAACAACAACAACAACAACAAAUACAUUUAGUAAAUAUAAAACAAACAUGUAGAGAUUUAUAACAAUUGCAGCAAAAAUACAACAACAACAACAACAACAAAGUAUGUAGUUGUUUUAAGCGGCAAUAAUUUAAACUUUUAAUAUUUUCUACAUCUACCCCUCCCGAUCGGGCCCCAGCGCCAGCCGGCCCCUCUUGUAUAAACUCAGGUUAAAAACAAAUUCUCGCUCUUCUACCCCGCCUCCCAAGAUCUUUCCCAUUGUUUUUUUAGACAACGAAAAAAAAACAUAAUUCAUUUCAAGUUCAGUGAGUUACUUUUCUUUGGAAGAAAAAUAAAAAGAUUCUUAAAUAUUUAAAUUGAAAUAAAU